AUGCUGACCGUUUUGAUCUCUCUGGGAUUGAUGACCUCGACGUCCGCGCGAUGCGUCCGGCCACCGUCUCCGGAGCAUCCCAACAUUCUCAUUCUCAUGAUUGACGACUUGGGUUAGUUCGGUUUUCAAACGGACAUUUGAUAGACUCGAUUAUCAGCUUCCAGAUGCUGAGAUUCAUUUUGAAUAUUCAAUGAAGUUGUGUCGACGUUGCUCGAUGAUCAUUACAUGAUGCAUAAACUCCUUAGAUAAACAGAAUUCUAUUUUUGAAUAUUUAGGAAGACUAGGCGCCUCAUUCAAGAAGGUAACUUGAUAUUUUGGAUUGACGUUCAAUUAUUUCUCUUUCAAACUUCAUACUCAUUGUUUCCGACUGAACCUUAAGCUUCCAGGAUACGGAGACAUUGCGUCGUACGGCCACCCGACGCAAGAGUACACAGAAGUAGAUCGAAUGGCGGCUGAAGGAACGCGGUUCACGCAGGCCUACUCAGCCGACAGCAUGUGUAGCCCCAGUCGCGCAGGAUUCAUGACCGGUACUUCAAUCGCUUUCGAAGUUUUAUGACCUUGGUUCCAGGAAGGCUUCCUAUCCGGCUAGGAGUCGUCGGAGGUCGGCGUGUCUUCCUCCCAUACGACAUCGGCGGACUUCCCAAAGAAGAGACCACCAUGGCCGAAAUGCUGAAACAAGCCGGUGCGAGAGUCGUUUUGUGGUUCUGACCUCUUCUUUUCUGUAGGAUACGUUACCGGCAUGGUCGGCAAGUGGCAUCUCGGGAUUAACGAGAAAAAUUCGUCGGAUGGAGCACAUUUGCCUUCUCGACGCGGCUUCGAUUUUGUCGGCGUCAACUUGCCUUUCACAAAUGUCUGGCAGUGCGACACAAACAGAGUACGGUAUAAUUUUUUGCUGCGAUCCGAAAAAGCAUGUGAUUCAACUUUUUGAAUUAUUUUUUGAUCUCUGUGCUGCAGGAAAACACUUGUAUGAAAAGUGUACCGCAGUUUUCCAUGUACGGUGACAUCCUCCUGGAAAAAAUUUUAGAGAGGAAAAAAAAAUAGGCUUUUAAAAAAAUUGGCUUUAAAAAACCCGUUCUGAAAUCGCGGUUCCAAUGAACUUUGAUUUCAUCAUCUUUUAGUUCAAUCCUGAUUCUUCCUAACUGAAAACCCAAGGAGAAACGUUUCAGGAGUUUUACAAUGACGAACCAGACACCUCGAUGUGUUUCCUUUAUGAUGGAGACGAGAUAGUACAACAGCCGAUGCAGUUCGAGCACAUGACGGAAAACUUGAUGCACGACUGGAAAAGGUUCUUGAAGGCUCGGAUUCGCGAGGUGAAGACUCAUUUCGUCUCUCGGAACCGAUUCAUUGCAGGAUCAACACGAGCGGCCUUUUUUCUUCUAUUUCUCCUUUCCUCAAGUCCAUAGUACUCAGUUUGCCAGCAAGAAGUUUCGUGGUACUUCUGUGAGAGGUUGUUUCGAAAAAAGAAAAGUUUAACAACCUGUUGUCAGGAAUUUACGGGGAUUCGAUAAAUGAAAUGUCUUGGGCUGUGGGCCAAGUUCUGGACUCUCUGAUAGACAACGGAAUCGCUCAAAACACUCUGGUCAUACUCAUGUCGGACCACGGGCCUCACGUUGAACUUUGUCUCAAUGGAGGAUCGACAGCCGGACUCAAAGGUAGGCGUUUAGAAGUUCUGACUCAAUCUGUUCGGAACUCUCAAGGGGGGAAGUCGAACAGCUACGAAGGCGGGUUUCGGAUUCCAUUCAUUGCCUGGCAACCUGGAACCGUUCGCGCCGGCAGAGUUUCUCACGAAGUUCUGUCCAGCAUGGACCUGUACAAAACCUUCCGCGACAUUCAAAAGUGUCCCUUCGAUGUUCGUUUCAAAGUCUUUUUCUAAAUUAUACGACAUACAUUUAAAACUUCCACAUUCUAAUAAAAAGAUAAUUAAAAUAACAUAAAUUUAAACACAAUUAUUUUGAUUUUACCGCAUAGUAUCUUCCCUGGAUUCGACGAAAUAAAUUUUAAUUUUUUUGGCACCUAUUCAUAGAAACCUUUAAUUUGAAUAAGGUUUAUAAAAAAACGGAAGUAAAAAAAGGAGAAUAAGUUAUUUAUCGGCUUUAAGGGAGAGAUUGAGUAAUAAUCAAGAACACAUUGGCUAUAGAUAGACAAAAAAAUGUAUUAUAUAUGUGAUGAAAUACUGUUUUUUUGUACAAAUACCAUACGUAUGCCUCAAUUCGUACCCUUGCUCAGGGUAAACCUCAACUUCCGUUGGAUGGCACUAACAUCCUGCAAGAGCUGCAAGGCGACAGCAAGGAGGACGCCGGCUACCUUGGCGAGCGCAGACCCAUCAUUUAUUACUGCAACUCUCACCUAAUGGCCAUUCGUUUGGGCAACUACAAAGUACUUUCUUUGACUCCGAAACCUUCCUAAUCCCUCGUUCCAGAUACAUUAUAAAACUUCCCCUAUUUUCCUCAACAGCACAGUCGAUCCCCAAUUGGACAUUCUCUGUCCCAACGGAAAACCCAAGAAGGAUUGGUUGGUGAUAGUUUCUUACAAGCCGGAAAAAAGUGUUUGAGGUACGUUUCGCAAUGGUGUCCCGAAGAAUCCUUGAAGAAGCACUCUCCUCCACUCGUCUUUGACCUUAUUCGAGAUCCCUACGAGCUAUAUCCUCUGCAGAACAACGACGAAACCAACAGAGUUUGCCCAAUUCCAGUGAAAGAAAUUUCAAAUUAACUAGCUUCAGGUGCGUCUGAAGGCGACCGACAUCUUGAUAGAACACAAGCAUUCCCUGGUUCCUGUGCCCAACCAACUCGGCAAGUUCGACAAAAAGGUGAGGCUUCCGUUUAUUCUUGGAAACAAUGAGAUUCCAGCUGACGCCGUGUUGCAAUCCGCCCGACUGCCGCUGCGACAAACUCAACAGGCCGCGUCAGUCGAUGAAGCCAGUAAGUCCGUUGGUUCCUUCGCUUUGGCACUUAGUCUGCACUCUGAUUUGCUCAGAAAAUUGAUUUCACUUGCACUUUCUCUGAAUAUUCUGCAGGUUUUCUUUGAGAACUCUCUCAGAACUGACCAAAAGUAGGGAAUAAUUCGAAUUUGGUCAUUGGCGGAACGAAGUCGGAAAGUAUGUAAUAUAAGUUUUAUAAUUUCUAAGCCUAUUCUCCGUUAUUCCAUUGUGUUGAACUCUUUGGGAGAUGCAAAGCAAGAUUCAGAAGUUCCAUUACAACCUCAUCCCUCCGAUGGAGUCGACGAGCGAACUCGAACUGAUGGAACGUCUCUUAUGA